AUGAAUAACAGAGGAGACUUAUGGGCAGAAGAGCGUUUACCCAGCUUCAGGGAAAGAAAUCAUGAAGGCACUGUUCAGCCAGAUGAUGAUAGGAUCUACGUCAUGUAUCAUGGCACUACAUCUUCUGCCGCUGAGAACAUCAUCAAGAACGGAUUUGAACAGUCACCAGAUGGCAUGCUAGGAGAAGGUGUCUACGUUAGUAAAAAUAAAGAGAAAGCUCUACGUUACCCCUUAGAAGAUGAAGAUAAAAAAUACCAGGUUGUUUUGAAACUCAGGGUUAAUGUAGGUAAAGUCAUAAGAAUUGACUAUCAACAGCACCCUCUGCGAACCAGUUGGCAUGAUCAUGGCUUUGAUACAGCCUGGGUACCUCCAUUUUGUGGUAUGGUUGAGAGUAACCUAGAGGAAGAUUGUGUUUGGGAUCCCGAGAGGAUCAAGGUUGUUGGUGUAGUCCAUGCUGCUCAAGCUGGUGUACAGAAAGAUCUUAAUGGGUUAGUUAAAAAGUAUGCAAAAUUUAAGGAUUCUCGUGCAGCCAUGCAGGAUGAUGGGGUGGCCGAUUGCACAGUAGAGAUUUUUGGCAGGGGAGACGAGCAGAGACACGGUAGAGCCUUAAUGGCCUCACACACAUCUAAUCAAUACAGGGGCAGGAGGUUCUAUACCAUGUACCAUGGCACUAAUUAUUCUGCAGCUGUGAGCAUCAUCAAGGAUGGGUUUCGUCAAUCAGCUGAUGGCAUGCUGGGAAAAGGAGUCUAUGUUACUAGAGAUGAACAAAAAGCUUGUCGUUACCCAGCUUUUAUUAAAAGUGAACAGGUUGUUUUGAAGCUCAGUGUGAGAGUAGGAAAGGUGAAAAAGAUUGAUGCACAACAUAUGCAUAUGGCAAAGACAUGGCAUGAUCAUGGCUACAAUUCAGCAUGGGUACCUCCAAAUUGUGGCUUACCACAAGUUCCUAAUAACUUAGAGGAAGACUGUGUUUGGAACCCCGGGAGGAUCAAGUGGCUGACGAACAUAUUUCUAGAUGACCAGGUUGAUGCUUUGCAGAUGGUCUCAGCUGAGACCUUGGAAAAUGCUGCCCAUGUAGCUGCCAACGCCCUUGUUGAGUGGCCACGUGACUUACUUUGGUGGCAAGAGGGUCGAAAAAUAAUGAUUAACGAUCCCACCGCUGCCACCAACUUUCAUGGACGGCGGGCCAGGAGAGGACACCGAAGGGGAGAAAUGGCCUAUAACUUUGGAUAUACCAUGAAUUACAGCGGAGACUUAUGGGCAGAAGAGACUUUACCCAACUUCUCGGAAAUAAUUCUUCAAAGCACUGCUCAGCCAACUGAUGGAAAGAUCUACGUCAUGUAUCAUGGCACUACAUUUUCUGCAGCUGUGAGCAUCAUCAAGAAUGGAUUUGAACAGUCACCAGAUGGCAUGCUAGGCGCAGGUGUCUACGUUAGUAGAGAUGAAGUCAAAGCUCGACGCUAUCCCUUAAAAAAUCAAGAAGACCAGGUUGUUUUGAAACUUAGGGUUAAUGUAGGUAAAGUCAUAAAAAUUGACAGACAAAAUCACCGUCUGCAAAAAACAUGGCAUGAUUAUGGCUAUGAUACAGCCUGGGUACCUCCAACUUGUGGUAUGGUUAAGAGUAACUUAGAGGAAGAUUGUGUUUGGGACCCCGAGAGGGUCAAGGUUGUCAAUGUAGCCCAUGCUGCUCAAGCUGGUGUAGAGCAAUAUCUUCAACUUUUAAUUCAACAGUAUGCAAAAUGUGAGGACGCUGAGGGACAUUCCACUGCCAGAGCAGAGAGCGAAAGAGGUGAGCGGUCACCACCACAGGACCAAGAAGCAAUGGCCUACAAUUAUGGGUAUGACACAAAUUACAGAAAAGACUUUUGGGAAGAAGAGACUUUACCCAAGUUCGAGGAAAUAUUUCUUCAAAGCAUUGAUAAGCCAACUGAUGGAAAGAUCUACACCAUGUAUCAUGGCACUACAUCUUCUGCAGCUGUGAGCAUCAUCAAGAAUGGAUUCUGCCAGUCAUCAGACGGCAUGCUAGGAGAAGGUGUCUACGUUAGUAGAGAUGAAGACAAAGCUCUACGUUAUCCUUUAGAAGAUAAAGAAGACCAGGUUGUUUUGAGAAUCAAGGUUAAUGUAGGUAAAGUCAUAAAAAUUGACAGACAAAAUCACCGUCUGCAAAAGACAUGGCAUGAUCAUGGCUAUGAUACAGCCUGGGUACCUGAAUCUUGUGGUAUGGUUAAGAGUAACUUAGAGGAAGAUUGUGUUUGGGACCCAAAGAGGAUCAAAGUUGUCGGUGUAACCCAUGCUGCCAAAGCAGGUGUAAAGAAAUAUCUUAAGCGGUUAGUUAAACAGUAUGAAAAGUAA